AUGAUGCUUCACGUCCUUCUAUCUUUGGGGCUUCUCGUCGGCCCGGCUUUUGGCUGCUUUGGAGGCAGCGGUGGUAGCCAAUGCUGUCCGCCUAGCCAAGCUGCGGCUGGCGGAUGUGGAGCCGCGCCGCCGUGCUCGUCGUCCAGCUACGCAUCCCCGCCGGUCGCUUCCGGAUACGCAACCGCCCCCGGAGGAGGAGGCGGAGGCUAUGGAGGAGCCGUUGGAGGCGGAGCCGCCCCAGUAGCCGCCGGAGGUUCAUACGGCCCGGCCGCCCCCCUUGCCGGCCCGGGACCCAUCGCCGCCCCUGUCUACUCCCAGGGAGCUGGAGUUGACGCCGGAGCCGUCGGAGCCGUUGCUGCUCCCCAGCCACAGGAAGUGGCCGCCCCAGCCCCGGCCGCCGGCGGAUACGGAGAACAAGCCCCCGCCGCCCCUCAGCCUGAGGCCCCGGCCCCCGAUUCCGGAAACUACGGCUCCGAGCAGGCUCCCGCCCCCGCCGCCCCCGCACCGGCUGCUGAAUCGUCGUACGACGACAUCGAGGAGGAGCAGCCGGCCGCCCCGGAAACCCCGGCCGCCGAGAAGCCCGCCCCCGCCGAGGAGGGAUACAGCGAGGAUAAGGCCCCCGAGCAAGAAGAAGAGACCGAGCAACAGCCCUACCCCGAGGAUAACGCGGCCGCCCCCGCCCCGGCCGCCGCCGGCGAGGACUAUGGUGAUGCCGCUGGGGAUGAUGGAAACUGCGAUGACGCCGAGCUGAAGACGAUCGUCCAAGCCGCCCUCGGAAACCAGAAGGACAACCUCGAGGCCGCGCGCGAGAUCGAGGGCCAAGCCUCGUCCAAAUUCGGAGGCCGUUUCAACUCGAUCGUCUCGGACGCCGAGUUCGCCUACGUCAACUGGUACGGCAAGAGGAACUGCCAGCUCCGCGUCAACAACCGCCACUCGCUCACCUGGGAGGAC